AUGAUCCUCUGGUGCUUUACUUUCCUUGCACUCACUGUGAAAAUAGCCCUUGCGGCUGGGCGGCCCCUUUUCAAGGAUUGUAACCAACUGCCUCUGCCAGAGUCCACUUCGACGGAGCUGUUAUACCUACAUCGCAAACUUGUCGAGACCGAAUCGAUCACGAGCAACGAACAUGACGUAGGCCAAUGGCUCGCGUCUUACUUGCGCGAUAAGAAUUUCACCGUAGAGACCCAGGAGGUGUCGGAAAACCGCUACAACAUCCUCGCAUACGGCUCGAAGCGCCACACUACAAUCCUCGUGUCUUCGCACAUAGAUACUGUACCCCCUUUCUGGCCGUACUACCAUAAUAAGACCACCGAUAUUAUUGGCGGUAGGGGCUCCGUGGAUGCUAAGGGCAGUGUUGCUGCUCAAAUCAUAGCUGUCCAGGCUUUGAGAGAACACCUGCGCGAUGAUCUGUCGCUGUUAUUCGUCGUAGGCGAAGAGACCGGCGGUGAUGGCAUGCGCGCGUUCUCUUCCUGGUCUGAGCGACCGCAGCCCAAUUAUGAGGUCGUCAUUUUUGGCGAGCCGACCGAGGGCAAACUUGUCUGCGGGCACAAGGGGAUACUGAGCUUCACCCUGCAUAUCAAAGGCAAGGCAGCGCACUCAGGCUACCCGUGGCUAGGUGUCAGUGCCAAUGAUGUUCUCACCGAAGCCCUUGGGGAAUUGUUGGAACUGCGAGAGAAUGGGCUUCCGUGGUCCGCGAAAUACGGCAACACGACAAUGAACUUCGGGAAGAUUGAGGGUGGUGUGGCAGCUAAUGUAGUCGCAGAGACGGCUUCCGCAAACGUUGCUGUCCGCCUAGCAGCCGGCACACCAAACAUUGUUCGAGGUCUUAUCGUCGGCGCGUUAGCAGAUGUGAAAGCGCGCGUAGAGAAGAUGGGUGGCGACCUCGAAAUCACAUGGGCUGGCGAAGGAUACGCGCCCGUGAACAUCGAUUGCGACAUCGAGCAUUUUGAAACGAUGACGGUCAACUAUGGGACUGACGUACCACUUCUGGCAGGCGACCACAGGAGAUAUCUCUAUGGCCCCGGAAGCAUAUUUGUGGCGCAUUCUGACCAUGAGGCUCUGAAGAAGAAGGAGCUUGAGCAGGCAGUGCUGGACUAUAGGCGGCUCAUCGUGGAGGCUUCGAGAAUGGAUCACCAAGACCAACAGGAAUUGUAA